AUGCCGCUGAAGAACAAGUACGGGGUUUUAAAAAUUGGGAUAGAGUACGACUACGGCGCGGGGGAUGACCACGAGGUAGACGAGUUGGCUCCGGAUUUCCUCGUAACCAAGCUGUUCAGGGGGAGCCAGGCACAAGGAAAAUCGCUGAGCGAUUCGAACGGCGCCUCUAACGGCGCUUCCAACCUGGCUGCUUUGCCACGCGCAGGCCCGAACGCGUAUAAGGUGGACCCCCUUUUUGGUCACAAAUUUGAGGACAACGACAUCUGGAAGCAACACAUCUACGGGUUCACCUCUGAGUGGAUCGACCCGGAUAAUGAGAGCGAGCAAGUCAGCUCAUAUUCUCUCGACGCGCUGAACAAAGAAAUGCAGUGGGCCAGCUACAUAUCCCUAUCGCACCUAAUUGUGAACCCCCCAUCUUAUAGGCAGUGUGACAAUUACGCUAGAUGCAUAAAUGCGAAUGUUCACAACUACAAUGGGGUGUCUAUCAUUGUGAAAGUGCCUCUCGCAAUACGGGUGGAAGGGGAAGCGGAUACGGAUAGCCCCCCUGAAGGAAUUUCAUCUCCCCCCCUGAGUACCCCUGGAGAAGGGGAACCCUCCUACCAAACUUUAAAUGGCUGGAAUUUAUGGGCAAAUUUUACCCCCUACUGCAACCACAAUUUUUCCAACCUGAGUGUAGGCAUCGAAUUGGUGAACAUUCAAAAUGUAGACAUUUAUAGCAUCAAUUUGGACGUGUGGAAAUCUGAGCCAGUGAAAUUAAUCCUCAUACCGUUGGACGUAUUUGCCAUUGAUUCCAAGACGGGUUACCCUUAUCUGCCCAAGAAGUUAAAAGACCUGUUAGUCCACUUUUUUAGAAAAAAUAUAGAAAUUGUCCUAACAGGAAGGGGCAAAAAUGAGUACCCCCUGCUAAAUGGAGUGAAGAAGGAGGGAAGAUACAAUAGUGGUGCCCAUCACUCCGAUGCACACCACCUCAAGUGCUGCAUUUAUUACCUAAAAAGGCUCUUCAUGUCCAUCGAAAAUUUCGAUAGGGACACCCUUUUUGAUAGCGCCUAUUGGGACUACUUGCAGAUACCUUUGCAACCCCUGAAGGAUAAUUUACCCUCCCAAACGUACGAGAUUUUCGAAAAAGACAGAACUAAAUAUGAGCAGUAUGAACUAGCCAUUAGUAAGUACCUCUCCGUGGAACUACAAAAAGGGGGAGAUAACAAUGGGAAGGGAAGAAACAGAGACUUCAUCAUCUUCGUGGUAGGCGCAGGAAGAGGACCACUAGUCGACUGUACCCUGCAAGCUCUGGAAAAAAAUAAAAUCUCCAAGUUUCAAAUUUACGCAAUAGAAAAAAAUGAUAGUGCCAUUUUAGUGUUACAAAAUAGGGUUACCAACCCUAAGUGGAAACAAGUGCACGUAAUACAUAGCGAUAUGAGGUAUCUCCAAAUGGGGAAAAAGGCAGACCUAAUCGUAAGUGAAUUGCUAGGCUCCUUUGGAGACAACGAAUUAUUUCCAGAAUGCUUAGAUGGAAUACAGAAGUAUCUUCAAGAGGAUGGGGUGAGCAUACCGCAAAAUUGUAUCUCCUACAUGGAGCCCAUUUCUUGCGCACAAAUUUACCACAAAAUAGGGCAAAAUAAUUUCACAGGGUAUAAUGAAAUAUUUUACAUUGUCAAUAUGUACUCCUACUGCAAAAUUUCGGAUGAUGAACCGGCAGAGUGUUUCUCUUUUCAAGUCCCCAACAGGCAAGUCCAAAAGGAUAACUCGCACAAUAAUCGCUACAAGCGUUUGAACUUUACCAUUAAUAUGAACGCAUAUCUGCAUGGCUUUUUGUGCUACUUUAAAAGCCAGCUGUAUGAGGAUGUCUUCUUGUCCAUCGAGCCUAAUACACAUACGAAGAAUUUACACAGCUGGUACCCUCUGUAUAUCCCCAUAAAUAAAAUUAUGCUUCUGAAACAAGGCCAGACCUUGUCUGUAAGUAUCUGGCGCCUGACGGAUAACCACAAAAUUUGGUACGAAUGGUGUGUUAACGAGCCGCAGCCAACCUGCAUUCACAACUACAAUGCGAGGCACUUUUCGAUCGGCCGAUGAGGGGAGAAGUGAUGCCCUUUUGGGCACCAUUCCGUGGAGGCAGCUACCACGGGGAAAACCCCCUAAGCUUCCGCUCUUUAUACCGUAUUUUACCGGUCCCUAAUUUGCGUUUCUCCCCCAAAGGAGUGCCACAUGAACAGGCGCAUCAAUAUGCGUGUCAAUAGGCGCAUGCCCCUUACUAAUUAGCCCGUCACGCUGAUCAGAUUGAGGGGGAUUUUCUUUUUUUUUGUUACAUUGCGGGGAA